AUGCCGUACUGGGAACAUUCCUUUGUGAAUUCUCUAUUUUGGAUAUAUCAUUAUUAUGCAGUUUGCAUUGGGAUGUCCUCACAUCGUUACGAUUAUGCAACGAAUAAAUAUAAACAGUCGCUUAUGAUGCGGGUAUCCGUAAUAAUAGUAAAUGCAUUAACGGUACUCGUGCUGCCUUGGGUACUUUGGGAGUGUACGAAUAUAUUUAUUAGUGAUGAGUGGACAUUACUAAUAACUUGGACAUUUUAUGUGAAUAUAAUUAUACAUGGAUUGGCUAUUAUCUAUACGGUUAUAAAUCGUUAUAGGAGGGAACUUGCACUUUGUGGUAUCAGCAUAGAAAUGAUGAAUAUUGAACUUAACCAUCUUAAAGAUUUUCCAAUAAAUCACAAAAUUGAAGCACAUUACAACACACUCUUCUGCAUAAAGUAUGCUUUUCUGGUAUAUACUUUUGUAGCACAUACUGUUACACUCUUCUACCUUAUGAAGAAAUGGACCUGGUAUACAAUUUUGCUGACACUGUUAUUUUCAAAUGUUGAUAAUGUUUUGCAUACCACAAUGUUUACAUAUUUCGUCGGUAUCUGGUAUAUAUGUCGAGGUAUAUCAUAUAUUAAUGAUGAAUUAAAGAAUUUGUUAAACAAAUAUACUGAUGAAGAAUAUAAACACCAUCAAUAUCGUAAAUCUGUGGCGAAGAAAUUACAUUAUUUGCUGUGCUUACAUUGUCGUCUAGUGCGUCUAAUACGGCUUUUGAAUGAUGCUUACAGUAUACAAAUGUUGGCAAUACGUAUUACUCGGUUUUUCACUAACGUGAUGAUAGGAUUCUAUGCUAUAGUGCUCUUCGAAAAUUCAUCAAUAACAUCAUUUUGGAUUCUGUUUGGGAUCAUAACUUAUUUAGUGAUCGAACAUUUCGUUUUACAGCUUUUUGGAAAUAAAUUGGAAAUUGAUUUGUGUGGUCUCUUCCAUGUUAAUAAGGGGCUCUGGUUUCAGAUGAUGACUGCAGUAAUUUCUUAUACGAUUGUUUUGGUACAGUUUCAUUUAUUCUUAAGUCAGAAAACAAAGUGA